GUUUUCUUCAGUUCUCAAGACAGAUGUUCACCAACACAUGCAGACGGAGAGACGACAUGAGACUAACGGAGAAAACACCCUCAGAUGUGAUUGACAGGAGACUUUCAGACACACGAGUGGAGCUGGACGGUGACGGUAGACACUUAACAUAUCACUAGAACACGCAAUCCAUGUCUUUAUAUGAAAUAAACAUGUGCUAAUGUCGAUUUUAAGAUACUUCUAAAGUAAAGCUUCAUCUCAUUUGGGAUAUUUCCGUCACAUCUUCACACGCACACGCAACACGUCGUCACGUCACAUUGUGUCAUUGAAUAGGUUAAUAAUGUAAAGUACAUCGGCAGAAUCUCUCUCAUCCUGUCCGGCUCUGACGAUGCGUCUGACGUCAUAUUCACAAACCUGAAGAAGAUGAAGAAGUGUUUUGUGCUGCGUUCGUGUCUUCUGCUCUCUCUGUUGUGUAUCUGCGCUCACAUCUACGUGGAGUUUAAAGACUUUUGGCUGAAGAUCUGGAUGAAGGCGGUGCCCUCGUACCUCACACGCCACAGGAGCGUUGCCAAGACAACAUCUGCUUCCAGUGAUGCUGCGUCCACAUGCUGUCCAGCGGUGAAACAUCACAGAAAGGCUCAUCGAUGGAAGAUCGCUCUUGAACCAUGGGCCGCUGCGACACACAACCUGGAGGAAGAAGCAAACAGAUUCAUCAAAUACAUCUCCACACCAAAGGUGUCCUGUGAGAGACGUGUGUCCUGGAUGUUUGACCGAGAUGACGAGCGGGGGUCAUGGGUUCUGUGUCUGGACAGCAGAUUCAGUCUGUAUCAGCGCAUCGACUCGAAACACUGCAGAGUUUACUCGCUCAGACUGGGAUCGGAGGAUGAUGGUCUGGAGCGCUCUUUGGCCGUCUCGGGGUGUGAGGUUCAUUGUUUUGAUCCCAGUAUCAGAGGAGCACACCUGCAGGACUCACACAUGUGGUUUCACAAACUCUCUGUAGACUGGAGAGACCCCAACCCGGCCGGACACAAACACAGCAACACCAAAAAACUCGCCACCAUCCUUAAUGACUUCGGCCACAGACAGGUGGACGUGCUGAAGUUAGACAUGGAAAGUGCCGAGUGGAAGAUUCUGGAGAACUUGAUCCUUGAAGACGUUUUGGGUUCGAUCGGUCUGCUGCUUCUAGAGGUGCACCUGCACUGGGCGGGGUUUGAAGUGGGCGGAGACGAGCCCUCGGUGGUUCGCUAUUGGUUCAGUCUGUUGAGGGAGUUGGAGCGCGCUCACUUCCUCCUGUAUCACAGCUACAGCGACCCGACGAAACCUCACGUGUUCUUACAGCGGAACUUCCAGAACACCAGCAGCUCUUAUAUACUGGGCUGGGUGAACACUCACUUCUCACCACACACAUAACCAGCACACCCUGAAGAUAUAAAACACUCCGUAAUGACAACACAACGUCUUCUCGGGAGGUUAGAGAACUGUGCAUGGAAAGAUUUCAGUGCAUCUGUAACCGGUCCCACUCGCACCGCUCUGCGCGGGCCUCGAACCGGCGUCGGUCCGGAUGGGAGACGGCGCUCUGACGAGGAGGCUAAAGACCACUAGCGUCUGUCGCUAGAGCGUCUCUGUUGGUCGGGGAGUGAGGUUUACACACCGCACAGCUCUUCACUCGCUGGCCUCCGUUACACAUCUAUAGCCAGGUUUCCAUUACCCUUCAAAGUGCGCAAAUUGAAAAAGCGCAUUGAAAACACGCCCAAUGAAAACGCGUCAAUUUCGCAAUUUCAGGCAAUACGAUAAAGGCAUAUUUCGCAAAUCUGUAAUGGAAAUCUGUUUUAGGAUGACACACUGUAUGUUGCCUAUGUAGGGAGCACAGAACAGUCUGAACAUAAUAGAAACUAAAGUUGAUUGAGAACAAACCAAAUAUUGCAUGAUCACUCACAUUCACAUAAUGUGAAAAAGCAUAUCCUUUAUGUGUAAUACAAAGUUGUUUUGAUUUUACCGUCUUUUUUUCCAGAAGCUGUCAUCUGCUAUUAAGAUUGUGUUUCCACUACAUCACACGAGCUUGUAAUAACAUAAAACCUCAAUCUAAGAUACCAAGUUUGAUCUGCUCUUCACAAAGGUUAUAUGACUUAUACAAGUGUCACACCUGUAGGACAAUUUUGUGUAAAGAAUAAAUACAAAUAAUUCAUGACGUUAUGUGAUAUUAAUAUUUAACCCUGUCAUCAUUCGUAAAUCUCAGAUUAAAAUAUAUCAACAAUUCUAUCCCAAUAGUCUUUAGUAAGAAAAUAUGUCACUUUUAUCAAUAAAACCACUA